UGUAUAAAUAACAUCACACACCUUCUUGUUUUACACAUUCCUUUAUAUAAACAAACCUAUCCAUAGUAACCAAAACCACAAACAAACACAUGGCUAAGCUCAUUUUCUUCCUCGCCGUCCAAAUCCUUCUCCUCGCCGCCGUUUCCUCAACCAGAGACGACGGAGAAAACUUCGCCAGAACCAUAGAUCGGAAACUCCUUGGUCUACACAAGAAAGAGAAACUAACCCAUUUCAAAGUCUAUUGGCACGACAUCUUAAGCGGUCCAAACCCAACCUCCAUUAUGAUCCAGCCACCGGUUACAAACACUUCCUACUUCGGAGCAAUCUCUAUGAUCGACAACGCUUUGACGGCGAAAGUUCCGAUGAACUCAACUGUGUUGGGCCAGGCCCAAGGCUUUUACGCUGGAGCGGCCCAAAAGGAGUUGGGUUUUCUAAUGGCUAUGAAUUUUGCUUUUAAGACAGGGAAAUACAACGGAAGCACUAUCACGAUUCUUGGUCGGAAUACGGCGAUGUCGGAGGUCAGAGAAAUGCCGAUCGUCGGAGGAAGCGGUCUUUUCCGAUUUGCUAGAGGCUAUGUCGAGGCUCGAACAAAGUGGUUUAAUCUCAAGAACGGUGAUGCUACUGUUGAGUAUAGUUGUUAUGUUUUGCAUUAUUGAUGUUUUUGUCGUAUUUUUUUUUAUAUUUAGUUUACGAGGUAAUAAUAAAACGGUUUUUUAAUAUUUAUUAUGCCUAUAUGGUGUGUGCGGUGGACGUUGUGGGAGUAGUAUUGUCGUUUAUUUAAAUUUAAUAAUAUUGAUAUUUGUUUCCU